AUGGAGUUCUGGCUCCGGCGCAAGCUGCGCGAGUGUCGAAACACGGCGUACGUCCAGACCGUCCGCUCGCGGGGGAAACCAGCCGAUUGGUGGGGAGAGUACGUCGAAGAGUUCUCCAACCCUCCCACGCAAAAGGCCAUCAAGGACGCAAAGAAGCAAGGCUGGUACCUCAAGCUCGCCAGUCCCCUCGUGCGGUUCAUCGUGCUCAAGGUGUUCUUGCUCCCGAUCGACUUUGUGCCGUUCUUCGGUAUGGCGCUCGGUGCAGCUUUGCGGUCGCUCUCGUACGGGCGGCAGUUGCACACGUCGCUGUUCGAGGCGAAACGCAUGUCGCCGCUCCAGAUCGAGCUGUGGAUCACCGAGCGUCAGACGGCGUAUCGCUCGUUCGGCUUUGCAGCCGCGCUGAUGGAGCGCAUCCCGCUCGUCGGCAUGGUCUUUUCGAUUUCGAACCGGAUCGGUGCCGCAAUGUGGGCACACGACCUCGAAAAGCGUCAACAACGCAUCCGUGCCUCCUCGCUCUCGUCUGGUGCCCAGCUGGAGGAGUUCAAGACAAAGCCUACGCUCAAGAAGAUCUACAAGCAAGUGCAGGCGGGCGACGAGGUGCAAGAGGCACAGUUUAAUGGUGAGGGGCUGGCGGUGCUACGUGCGCAUAGGGGGCUGGCGAUGUUUACACAUCUCUCGUUUACGUUUCCGCUCAAACUCAUCAGCCCAGCCGCGAGUUCCCGGAUCGCUUCACUAGCCAGCACCAAGGCCGUCGCCGCUCUGUACAUCGUCGGGUAUGGCGGCGGCUUGGUUUCGGGCGACAGCGUUGAGCUUGAUAUCGACGUGGGGCAGGGGGCUUGUGCGGUGGUGCUGACACAGGGAAGCACCAAGGUUUUCAAGACCAGAGCCACUGCGCCGACGCAGCACGUUAGCACCAUGCACACUGCAAGCCUCGAUUCCACCAGCGCUGCGGGGGCGGGGGCGGGGGUGGGGGGGAUGACAAGACAGGUGUAUCGGUAUCUGAUCCGGCCCGAGGCAACGCUCGUGUUGCUACCGGAUCCAGUGACGUGUUUUGCAGCCGCGCGGUAUGACCAGGUGCAGCGAUUUGAUCUUCGUUCGGAUACCUCGUCGCUCGUCAUGCUCGACUGGAUCACGCCCGGUCGAACUGCGGUCUGCCACCCUCCUUCUGGCGUGCGCGUUUCGGCGUUGGAUUCGUUUCCCGAAGCGCAAAGCGGCGCGCAGAUGAAGGACUACACCACCCCACCGCGGCUGCCCGAGCGGUGGAAGUUCGACUCGUACCGGUCGCGCAACGAGGUGCGCCUCCGCACCCGCUCGACCGCGCGCGACGUGCUGCUGCUCGAACAGCACCCCGAUCGAGACCACGGCCCUGAGGGCGUGGGAUGGACGGAGCUCGCGAGACGCAACUAUCCCUACGACACCUACGCUACACUUUUCCUCGCCGGACCCGAUGCGCAGCCGCUCAUCGACGCGCUCAGCGCCGAGUUCGAACCGAUCCAGAUUCGACCUGCCACCGUGCAUCCGCCUGUGGUAUGGUCGCUCAGUACGGUGGAGGAUGGACCGCCGCAGCUUGUAGUGGUUCGGAUCGCGGCCGCGUCGGCUGCGGAUGUAAGGGAGUGGCUGCGUCCGCGUCUAGCGCCGUUGGAAAGCGUCGUCGGUCGAGAUCUGUUGAAACAGGCAAUCUGA